GAGAACCAUCAGGCAACAUGGGAAAGCGGGAUAAUCGGGUAGCUUACAUGAAUCCUAUAGCAAUGGCCAGAUGGAGGGGCCCAACUCAAUCUGUAGGCCCAACAAUACAAGAUUAUCUGAAUCGACCAAGACCCACCUGGGAGGAAGUGAAGAAAAAAUUAGAAAAUAAAAAGAAAGGCUCCAAAGCAUUAGCUGAAUUUGAAGAAAAAAUGAAUGAAGCUUGGAAGCAAGAACUUGAAAGAAGCAGAGAGAAAUUAUUAAGUGGAAAUGAAAGCUCAUCCAAAAAAAGAGAAAGAAAGAAAAAGAAAAAGAAGAAAUCUUGUCGAUCAUCAUCUUCAUCUUCAUCAAGCUCUGACACUUCAAGUAGUUCUUCAGAUUCUGAGGAAGAGGAAAAGAAGCAAAGAAAAAAGAAGAAAAAGAAGAGCCGUUCAUACAAAUCAUCAGAAUCCUCUACAUCUGAAUCAGAAGCAGAGAGAAAAGAGUGUCUAAAGAAGAAAAAGAAGUCAAAGGAUGAAACAGAGAAAGAAAAGUAUAUUAGAAGCUACAGCAAGAAAAGAAAGAAGACUUAUCUUGAGGAUAAACCUUCAUCAUCUGAAUCUUCUUCAGAAUCAGAUGAUGAAGAGGUGAAAGCAAAAAAGAAGAGAAAGCAUGAAGACCAAGAAAAAGCAAUGGAAAAAACAAAGAAGAAGAAGAAGAAACACAGUAAAAAACACAGUAAGAAGAAAAAGAAGUCUGGUUCAAAUCAUAUAUCAGGAUAAUAUCGAGGGGAAAA